AUAAAUAAAUAAAUAAAUACUGGAAAGUUAUUUUGCUGCAGCAAAGUUUGCAACUGAAAUAACAAGGAGUUUUUAAUGCUUUCAGGUUGAGACCAGCCUUUACAACCAGAACUGGGUCAGUUUUUGUAUCUUCCUGUGUGCAGUUUGUUUUUUGUGUUAAUUUGUUCAAUUUUUGUGUAUUAAUUGUACAAUUAGUCAUUUUUUCUCAGUCUGUCAGUUCCACCCACUCUCACCAGUUAUUCUCGUGUUUGAACUCAACCGAAACAUCAGACUGAAUUCUAAAAACAAACAAAUAAACAAAAGUUACAUAUUUACAGUCUGACAAUCAGAGAUGCUCUCCUUGUGUUGUGAAGCUCGUUUUCCCCACUCUGUCCUUUGUUCCUGAAUGCCUCCCGGGUUUGAUUGGCAAAUGGAGGUGUCAGGUUGCAGCGGUGGGCGGGGCCUUCAGUCAUCGGACAUGUCCGCUCCGCGCUGGGAUCAACAGGUUUGAAGGUCAGGAUGUCCAGAGAACAGGUGAGCGUCUCUGAGCUCCUCCUCUCAUUGGACAGCUCGGAGCUGCAGGAGGCGGAGCGAGUGAGAGCCGCUGUCAACCAGCAGCUGAAUACAGACAGAGGAGGCGCCGUCCUCUCCUCCUUGCUGGAGUACUACCUGGACUCCUCCUCCUCGCAGGCGGCGCUCCUCCUCGCCUCCAUCAGGGAGCCUCAUCAUAAGUUGCUGCUGGAGAAGCUGAACGAGUCUCUGAACCGAGCCGGAACCAGAUUGGCUGCCGUCACCCUGCUGGGUCACCUGAUCAGGAAGCAGCCACCCUGGGUUCACCACAUCAGCCAGUCGCCGCUGCUGUCGUCGCUGCUGCGCUGCCUGAAGACAGACAGUGAUGUUGUGGUCCUGGUCACUGGAGUCUUGGUCCUCAUCACACUGUUACCCAUGAUCCCUCAGGCUGGGAAACAACACAUUUAUGACUUCUUUGAUGUGUUCGGCCGCCUGGUGUCCUGGAGCUUCAAAAAUCCCGGACACGUGUCCGUAGUGUUCCUGGUCCACCUCCAGGCAGGUGUGUACUCUCUGUUCCACCGUCUGUACGGGAUGUUCCCCUGUAACUUCAUCUCCUACCUGAGGCUGCACUACAGCAUGAAGGAGAACUUGGACACCUUCCAGGAGGUUGUCAAGCCGAUGUUGGAACAUGUCCGGGUCCACCCGGAGCUGGUGACAGGGACUCAGGACAAUGAACUGGACCCAUCCAGGUGGAGACGUUAUGAAGUUCAUGACAUCGUGAUUGAGUGCUCCAGGUUGUCUUUGGAUCCUCUGGAGUCGUCCUGUGAGGAGGACACCUACUCCUCUGCUACCCUCAGGACUCCUUCGCUGUCCUUUCCUCCUCCUUAUCUGGAUCUUAGCUCCGCCCCUCAUGACUCAGAGCCAGUCAGCAGCUCAGGAAGUUCAGUUUGUGGGCGUGUACCUCAGCUGACCCUCAGUACCUCCAACAUACAGUCUUUCUGUGUGCAGGCCGAUGAUGUCACAUGGAGCCCCUCCUCUCAGUGCGGUUUGUCCACACCCCCUCCUGAACCUGCAGCUCUAGGCUCCGCCCCCUCACUGAGCAGGUGCUCCUCUGUCUCAGCCCCGCCUACUGAGGACAGUCACCGACUCAACGCCAAUUACCAGGUCAAGCAGCCAAUCAGAGUGCAGGAGGAGAAUGAUGUCAUCAACAACAACCUGAGCAGUGCAGACGUCAAACCGCCGCCCUCCUCUUCCUCUCAGCUCCUCCUCCUCACCUCCACACCGAAACGUGACGACUCCUCCUCCAGCCUCCCCGCUCCCACUGGCUCAGCCCCUCUCUGCCUAGCCCCGCCCCAUCGAUCAGAGGAAGGAGGCUCCGCCCUCUCGGACAGUAGCUCUGCCCUUCCUUACGAGUCGCUGUUUGAGCUGGCGUUGCCCCGAGCGGCCACGCUGUUCAUCGGGAAGAAGACGCAGGAGGCGCUGCAGAGAGCUGCAGGAGAGCCGAAGGAGGCGGAGGUGGAGGAGGAGGAGGAACAGGCAGCCAUCUCUCCUCUGAAGGCUUUGGAUCAGAUGAUCGUUCACGGAAAGGACGCUCACGAGCGCCUCAGCAGGAGGCUCUCAGUGGGAAACAAAAUGGUGGAUCGGAGUCAUUUUGGAGGUAAACAGCAGAGCAUGAAAAGCAAAGGCCCCGCCCAGGGGGAGGAGCUUCAGACCCUGAGGAGUCAGCUGUUGCUGGUUCACGGUCAGCUUCAGUACGAGCGCUUCAAGCGCCAACAGCACGCCAUCAGGAACCGCCGCCUGCUGCGACGAGUCAUCAACGCCACUGCGCUGGAGGAGCAGAGCGUUGCCAUGAAGGCACAGCUGGGCGUUCAGGAUGGGGAGAUCCGGUGUCUGAAGUCGAGUCUGAGCGAAGAGCAAAGGCGUUACAGCGAGCUGAAGCAGGACACGCAGAUGCAGACCGAGCAGCUGCGGGUGCAGAUCAGACAACUGCAGCAGCAGCAACAAGACCGGCAGCAGGAGAACCAGAAACUGCAGAGUGAGCUUCGGGAGUGCCACAGCAGGCUCAGAGAUCUGGAGGCGGGGCUACAAAAAGCCAAUCACAAGGCCUAUAAUGCAGAACACCAGCUGACCCAGCUGUCACUCAAACUGUGCAGCAGUGAACAGCUGCAGCAGCAGAUCUUCCUGCUGAACCAGCAGCUGGUCCUGCUGAGGGAAACCAACCGAGCCCUGAGGGAACAGCUGGAGUCAGGAGACGAGCACAGCUGGACCGAGGAGGCCAUGCUGCAGUGCACCGUGGGUAAGGACUUCCAGAGGCUGAAGGACCGGGACGUCCAGCAGAGACAGAAGCUGGAAGCAGCCAAUCACAGGAUAACGGACCUGGAGAACCAGCUGGCCAAGAAGGAGAAGCUGAUUCUGGACCAGAAGAAGCUUCUGGAGGACUCUAAGACCCAGAGCAGGGAGGAGCUGUUGGCCUCAGAGAGUCGCUGCGUGGCUCUGAGGAGAGUCACCCAGUGCCUGCAGACGGAGAUGCUGCACCUGUACAGCCUGGUGCACGUGGACACGCAGACAGGAAGUGAGCCGCCUCAGGGUGUCAGCAGCAGGCCAGUCAGUGACAGCUCCUCCUCACCUGUGCCUCCGGGCAGCAACAAGCCACUUUACUCCUCUUCUUCUGCCGUUGGCAUCAUAAACGGAGCCAUGGAGACCCUGUCCUCCUGCUCCCCCCUCUCCGUCUCCCCCAUCGACUCCCCUCUGGCCGUGGGCUCCUUCCUGGAGCAGCAAGCCAGAAGAUUGUUCGGACCGACUGGGCAGAGUCAAGAGGAGGUGGAGGAGCAGGAGAAGGAGGAGGAAGAGGAAGAAGAGGAGGAGGAGACGGCCCAGCCGGAGAGCCCUCCUCUGGGUCAGGAGGUGCAGGAGGCCACCCUCCUCGCAGGGAGUCCACAGACGCAGCCUCCGAGUCCUCCACCCUCCUCCAUCACAGAUCUGUCGCUUGCUGUUCGUCAGAGGAGAGACGAGCUCAGCAUCAUGAACUACGACGAGCUGCUGCCAGAGUUCUGAUGGAGAGGCGGGGCCUGGAGGAGAGGCGGAGUCAUGAGGAGGAGAGGAGGAGUCUGGAGAUGGAGAGGUGGAGUCAGGAGGAGGAGUGGAGGAGUCUGGAGGAGGAGAGGAGGAGUCUGGAGAUGGAGAGGUGGAGUCAGGAGGAGGAGUGGAGGA